AUGAAGAGAACUCGAUCUCAAACCAAAUCCAACCCCAACAACAACUCAGAACCCCCAAUCAAAACCCUAACCUCUUCAAAAAUCCCAUUCCCCGUUAAAAAAAUCUCCAAACUCACCAUCAAAAACAAACAACCCCACCUUCAUCUUCCCACAACACCACCUCCAACAAUCGCAAAACCAUUAUCAUCACACGGCGAACUCCAAUCCGCUCUCAACCACCUUCGCUCCGCCGACCCACUCCUAUCAACCCUCAUCAACACUUUCCCUUCCCCACAAUUCUCAACCAACACCACGCCCUUCUUUUCUCUCAUCAAAAGCAUUAUCUCCCAACAACUCUCCAACAAAGCCGCAUCUUCCAUCGAAAACCGUUUUAUCUCUCUCUUUCAGAACCAAUCCUCAAUCCUCCCCGACGCCGUUUUAUCCUUUUCCCCAACUCACCUUCGGCAGGUUGGAAUCUCGGGACCCAAAGCAACCUACAUUCACGACCUUUCCACCAAAUACGCUAAUGGGUUUCUGUCUGAUUCAUCGAUUCUCGAAAUGGACGAUGAAACACUGUACGAGAAACUAACGUCGGUUAAAGGGAUUGGACCUUGGUCGGUUCAUAUGUUUAUGAUUUUCACACUUCAUCGUCCUGAUGUUUUGCCGGUUGGGGAUCUUGUUGUGAGGAGAGGCGUGGAAAAGUUGUAUGGUCUUAAGGGUUUGCCUUCACCUUCACAGAUGGAGGUUUUAUGUCGUAAAUGGAAGCCUUAUAGGUCGGUUGGAUCUUGGUAUAUGUAUAGGUUUGUGGAAGCUAAAGGGGUUUUGCCAAAUCCCACUACCACGUUGUGUUAA